UACGCUCGCAAAGAAAAUACGAGCGAGCGAGACACAGAGAGAGAUGGCGUGGUCGGUAGUGAAGAACGCGAUGAAGGGGAUCAGGGAGAAAGGAGUGGGCAACUUCUUGAGAGAGCUCAAGGAAGAAGGCUACUUGAAAUGCCUUCCGGAUGGAAACCUUUUGCAAACCAAAAUCCACAAUAUAGGGGCGAAGCUUGUGGGUGUUGAUAAAUUUGGUAACAAGUAUUAUGAGAACCUUGAUGUUCAAUGUGGGCGACAUAGGUGGGUGGAAUAUGCAGAGAAGGGUCGCUACAAUGCUUCUCAGGUGCCAGCAGAAUGGCAUGGUUGGCUCCACUACAUAACCGAUCACACUGGGGAUGAGCUUUUAAUGCUAAAACCAAAGAGGUAUGGGAUUGAGCACAAGCAAAACUUUUCUGGAGAGGGUGAUGAAUAUAUUUACCAUUCCAAGGGACAUGCGCUUAAUCCAGGACAGAGAGACUGGAGCAGGUACCAAUCAUGGCAACCCACAAAGUCUUAAGCUAUUCCUUCGAUACAAAACAUUUUCCCCGUAAAACCUGGAAAUCUUUGGGGGUUUGCUUGCUCCUGUAUUCCUGAAUAAAUGUCUUGACCAUUUGGAAGGUUUGAAACUUUUGCACCUGUUUCAUUUGAAGAAGACAGUGAACUAUCUUACUUCAUUUUCUGACUAAUGGAGCUGAUCGACAUGUGUUGUUGAGUCUA